AUGACGCCCAACAUUAAGGUGUUUUGGCUGGUUUUACCGCUGAUUGCUCUUUGCUAUGCAGCAAAAAACAGCAGCAGCGGCGGAAAAUCUAAUGGUUACAUGGAAUCGGCUCUAAACAAGCAAGGAAAGAAAUCGGCAUGUAAUGUGGGACGUAAACGAGCUCUGAGCAGAAAUCGGGGGUUUAGAAGGACCCGGCAACUUCCUCCAGUUUCCUGUCAGGCAACACAGGGGCUGAAAUACUUCAAGGGCACUCACCCAAAUCCACCAUAUGGACCAUAUGCUUAUGGUGCUCCCUUUGGCGCACCAGGGAUACCAGGCAUUCCCGGCAGCCCAGGACCCGCAGGACCCGCGGGACCCACGGGUAUCGCAGGACCACCCGGUCCUCGUGGUUCUACGGGACAAUAA